CCCGCAAGUCCGUGGUACGUCGCUAAAAUUCGUCUUCUAGUGUGUGUGUGACCGUAACAUCAUCGAGGUGUGUAGACAAUAAGCCCUGCGGCGAGGACGUUCAGGUGACAGGUGUAAAAAACAUCAUCGGACAUUCGGGUGUCGAACCAAUAGAGCUCGGAGUAAACAAUAGUUGUGAUAGGGGUUGCGCAUAGGGGGCAGACAAGGGUGCGCAUAUCCCAUUCGCUCAGUCUGAUCUCUUUUAUGCAGUGCGGACAGUUUAGUUAACGAACACAGUGGCUGCCGCACAUCUUCAAGAGGUUCGCUCACCGGCGAAUCUACAGCAGUCAUGUGUUGACUCCUUCUCACUAUUCAAGCAGAUUAGAAAUAUGUCUUCAAAGAGAAAGUCACCACCAACAAAACUUCAAGAAGGCACUUCCACUGAAGCACCACUAGUACAAACCAACUUAGGCAGUGGCAGUGACGGAGGUGGUCUCACAGAUUUAGACGAAACUAGCAGCAAUAACCUUAGCGAUAUCUGUGAAGAAGAAACCAACACCAUGGUGAAUACUUCUUCAGCGUUCUACAAUAAACUUUCUGAAUCAUCAUCACCAAGUGGCUGCGGUAGCGAAAUAGACGACGGACUAGACGAGGAUCAUAUCCCAUCGAAAACGGCAAAAAUUUCGAGCGCAAACGAGAGUAGUCAUUCGAUAAUGACGUCAGUGUCUCCGUGUAUUUCCGCUUUAUCCUUGCACAAUGAGGAAAUGGAGCGACGGAGAAACUCCUCUGAGUGUAGUUCGCCGAACUCGGACAUUAAAAGUAACUUUCAUUAUAAUAAUAACAACAAUAGUUUAAUGAAUAACAACAGUUCCUUACAUCCGUUGAAACGGUCCAUGGACGAUGUAUUGAAACGGUUAACGUCGAAAAUUAGUAACACUUCGGUACGGGAGGAGAGGAGGCCUACACCGUCGUCCACACCAAAUUCACAUAAUUCUGACGUGGAAUCUGCUGCAGCAAUCCAACAAGCUCUCUCUGGUGAUAAUUUAAUGGAAAAAGAUAGAAAGUUGUCCGAAUUAAUUCUUCAGCUGCAGAUGGCGCGCGAGCAGUUAAUGGUUCAGCAACAGCAGCAACAACAGGAAUCUAUCAAGCCUGCCAGUACUCCACCACUCCUUAACGACACUCACAAACAGCUCGAAAUCCAAAGAAGACAGCAACAUGAACAAUUGCUGCAUCAGCAACAAAAGCUCCAAGAAAUCCAGGGUCAGAUCUCAGCCCAAUACUCUGGAAGCGGAGCUGUUGGUCCUCAGGGGUUGAUGUUUCUACCCUUCCUCGAACAGCUCUCUAGAGGAUUGCAUACACCGAAUGCCCCCCCAGUUGUUGCAAAAAGUCCCUUGUCAAAUCAUAUGCUUCCUCCUCAUCAAGUACCUAACUGGAUCUCAGCUGCUACAUCAGCACAUCUUGCUCAAAUUCAACAUCAUCACCAUCAACAGCAACAGCAACAAAUCAACUCUCAACAACUAAAUAAUUGUUCAGACCGACGCACUCCACAACCUCAUUCUCCUCCAGCUCCAGCCCACACACCUUCAGAUCCUGACGCACCCUUAAAUCUUUCCAAACCCAAAUCCAUGCUCCUAGGGUCCAGCGAGACGAGUCCCCAAAGUACUCCUUCUCAACACCACCAAAGCUUAAAUGAUCAGCCAGUAGCAGCGACAGUUCCACGUCUUUUGCCACCCAAUUUGAUGAUGUCGAAUAUGCCAUUUUUGCCCUACGCCAAGUUGCCACCCACGUUUCCUGUGCCUCCCGGAGUGGACAAUAGGAAUAAAGGAAAUGAUAGGCAAGGUAUGGAAAAACAGCCUCAUUUUCCGAUGCAUAUGUAUGCUAUGCCUGGACCGCCUAAUAUGGGUGGAAGGUCUAAAGAUGUUGAGGGCAUUAAGGAAGAGACUGACUUCAUAACUGCGUGUCAAUUAUGGGGAGCGCCCGAACAGAAUUUCAAGCUGGACGAAAAUUCGGACAAAGCCAAAAUUAUCCGCCAGCAAGCUAGUAAACGUGAUAGCGAAAACAAACCGCACAUUAAGAGGCCGAUGAACGCGUUUAUGGUGUGGGCCAAAGAUGAAAGACGGAAAAUUUUGAAAGCCUGUCCGGACAUGCACAAUUCGAAUAUUUCGAAAAUUCUAGGAGCUCGAUGGAAGUCCAUGUCUAAUUCAGAAAAACAACCUUACUAUGAGGAACAAUCGAGAUUGUCCAAGUUGCACAUGGAGAAGCAUCCAGAUUAUAGAUAUCGACCAAGACCAAAACGGACUUGCAUAGUGGACGGUAAAAAAAUGCGCAUAUCAGAGUACAAAAUGUUAAUGAGGCAACGUCGCCAGGAAAUGCGUCAGCUCUGGUGCCGAGACGGUUCUGACAUGAACUUUAUAUCAUCUUCCGAGUUAACGUCCCCAGCGACCUCUACAUCUGGAAGGCCUUCAAUGACGCCACCUCAUAUGAUGAAUGGAGCGGGACCUAGUUCGGAUAGGGGAUUUUUAUAUGGUCAAGACAGUCCAUCACCAGACGCAUUAAAUUUUUCACAGGAUCGUUACGAUUCGCCCAGUCCGAGGCAUGACGAUGAAUGAGCCUGGCCAAAUGGGGAAGUGACUUUCCCAGGUUGGUUUUGAGUAUUUUUUUUUUAGUCCUGUUUAGCCUCAAUUUUCUAAGGCGAUGCGUUUAUUAGUUUGGGACUUGUAGGUGUAAUUUAUUUACCUACGAAAAUUGAAACAGGGCAGCAAAUUGAGUGCCAUUGAAUAAAAAGGAAAAGAUGCCAAAAGACUUUAUAUUGUGGAAAUAUUGUAAAUAAAUAUUUGGUGUAGCAGUUGUAUUGUUAUGUACAUAGUCAGUUAUUAACCUAAAGCCACAAGUUAUUUAUUUGUUUUUAAUGUUAUAUUUUUUUUUGUAAAUUUUUGAAAUCAUUUUUAGUCUUCAAACAUUGCGCGAGUUUUUUUUGUUGUUGUUUCUUUUUUGGUACCUAUAAGUUUAUAUUGUAGUUGAAGAUCUUUAGAGAUCUGUUUCAUUUCUGUACCGGUGGUUAUAGCAGUAUUUUAUUUGAUUUAAUGGGCCAAAAAAAGUAUAGAUACAAAAAUCGGUGACAAAAUAUAACAUUUUUGGCCUUCUAUGGGGGAAUUAUUUUGAGUUUUAAAUCAAUAUUACAAUAAGUGCAAUGUACACUGUUAAUGUUUAUUUGUUUUAGUAUAGUUAUAAUGCCAGUAAAAUUAAGUACACAUAGCUCAUCUAUUUAUUUCAACUGAUAUUUUUGUAUAGUCAUCACAUUCUUAAUUAUACUAGAUUCUUGUGUACCUAGACGUUAUUUUUAAGUUAAUUAUUUCUUGCCAACUUAUUAGUAUUUAUUUUUGUCAUCUUGAUUAUUUUUUCGCAAAUAUUUUUCUUUGGGUUUUGCUUUUAUAUUUUAUAUUUGGAUUCAGCUCUCUUAAGGUCUACUGAUGAAGGAACGUUUUUGACAAAUUACUUGAACCAAAAUUAUUAUAUAUAUAUUCUACUUUUGUUGUGAAAAAUGUAACUUUAUGAGGGACCUAUCCAAAAUGUACAGUAUUUAGCAAGAUUUUUUUGGGAGAAACUGUGGUGUGAAAAUUCUCGAAUGUAGGUAAUUUUUGGUACACCAAUCUUGAGAAAAUACUUGCGAGGUCGCAUUUUCAGAAUUAUUUUCUCAGGUAAUUACAAUGUUAUUUAUGUAACCAUUCAAUUUUAAAUUUGUUUCCCUUGAAAUUUUUUAUUUGAAUGUUCGUGUAAGGAAGGUUUCUAGUCUAGUUUCUUCGUCAUAAACAAAAACUACCUAAUCAAAAGCAAAAAAAUUCAAAACGAUUUUCAUUUAAUUUCAAUUCAAUUCAAAUAAAAUACGUAUCUUCUUGUAUAUAAAGCAAGUAUUGUACUUAAAAGAAGUUGUACAAAGUAGGUACAUAAUAAAACAAUAUAUUUAGGUACACAUCUAUAAACAUUUCAUUUUAAAGUAUCCUUAAAUUUAUCAAUAAAUUUGAAUCUAAGUAGAUGUUGUUAAUUUAAAAUUCUGUUAGAAAAAAAUCAUGAAUUAGACUUUUUGAUACCUGAUAAUUUAUUUUUAAGGUGAUCUAUGUAAAAUUUAGUACCUAUUUUAUUGUAUUUAAGUCCUCAAGGGUUGUUGAUAGUGGUGAAUUUUCGAAUAAAUGAGUAGGCAUUUGAAGUAUUCCUUGUAAUGCUAAAUAUAGGGCUAGUGAUCUUAAAAGGGUGUUGCCAAAAUAAUUCAAGUACUGUUCAAAAAAAGAUUCUAACUUUUCUUAUAAAAUCAUUCUAUAACAUAGAAAUAAGUAUAUUAUUUUGAGAUCGCUAUGUUUCUGACCUUAUAUUAUCCAUUCGCAAUCCGAUGUCCACAGGUACAGGUGAAAUUUAUCACCUUUCAAUGCUAUUUGAUAGGGAAAGGUGAUAAAUUUACCUGUACCUGUGGACAUCGGAUUGUGAAUAGGAUAAACUAAUGAUUUUAUAAAAAGAAUAUUGAUUUUAAUUGGAGAACGGUAUUUAGAUUUUUCGAUGUAUGUCUAACCUGUAAUUUUCCCAAAAUAAUUAUUAUAAAAAUUAUUAAAAGAAAACCUAGCAGAAGUAUAUGAAAUUCUGAAAUCUGAAUUAUUAUAGAAAAUAGAUUCAUUGUUCUUUCUUGUGCCAA